AUGGGAACACCGGCGGAGGGACCGCCUCCGAUGGACUCUCAGGGAGUCCAGCAGCAGUACAAUUACGACCCGCGCAGCAAUGGUCUGCCCAGGCGCGCCACAGAUGAGGCAACCCUCGCCUCGAACAAUCUUGCGCCUCACAACCACACAAACCAUCCUACGCGAUCCUCGACCGACCCAGGAGAGCACCAUCAUCAUGCACCAAAGCCGAAGCGCAGCGGGAAGAUAUGUGGCAAAUGUGGCGAGGGUCUCACCGGCCAGUUCGUGCGGGCUCUAGGCGAUACUUAUCAUUUGGAAUGCUUUACCUGUCACGACUGCAGCAAAAUCGUUGCCUCGAAAUUCUUUCCCGUACCUGAAAAGCCACCCGGCCAAUACCCGCUAUGCGAGACGGACUACUUCCGCCGCCUUGACCUGCUCUGCUUUGAGUGUGGACAGGCCCUCCGUGGCUCCUACAUUACAGCGCUCGACCGGAAAUACCACAUUGAGCACUUCACCUGUUCCGUGUGUCCUACCGUUUUUGGUGCCUCGGACAGCUACUACGAGCAUGAAGGAAGUGUCUACUGCCACUACCACUACUCCACAAAAUUCGCCCAACGGUGUAAUGGCUGCCAAACCUCCAUUUUAAAACAGUUUGUCGAGAUCUUCCGAAAUGGGCAGAACCAGCAUUGGCAUCCGGAAUGUUACAUGAUCCAUAAAUACUGGAAUGUGCGGUUGCACUCAACUGGCCAGCCAAUCAUCGAACGCCUGCAGCAGGAAGCCGACACCGAUGCAACAGACGAUGUGCGCGAGAGCGUGCGUCAGCAGGAGGAAGAGAUUGAAGCCAAGGUCAAUUGGAUUUGGAAGACAUUAUCGGCUUUCGAAGAGAAAUCGGCCACCUGCAUCUCCGACAUGCUGCUGCAUGUGAGUAAUGGAGCUUACGUUGACGGUGUCAUGGCAGCGAAGAAGUUCAUCGUGCAUGUGGAGCUGCUAUUUGCGGCUGCAGACGCACUCGACGCGCAGCUGGUCAUCAGGACGCCCAAGGGAUUGACGUAUUCGCGCGAAUCAAAGCUGCUCUGUAAGAAGGUGGUCGCUUUCUUUGCCCUGCUCACGCAGUCCCAAGGUACGGGCGUGCGUCGGCUGGGCGUGACCCAAGAGUUGUUGUCCCUGGUUACCGGACUUGCGCACUACCUAAAGCUGCUGAUUCGCAUCUGCCUGCAGGGUGCUCUAAAGUUAGAGCGCGAAACCCGCAGCUCUACUGGUUUGACCAAUUUUCUCACCCAAGUUAAUUCACUUGAUGCACGACUGGAGGAUGAGGCCCAAAGGGACCAGGCAGCUGAGUCUGCCCGACUGGUCCCAAGAUGGGCAGAUGCAUGUCCCAUAUGCGAUGCCCAGGUCGAAGACAAAUGUUUACACCUGAAUCACAUGUCAUUCAACUAUAGUUGUAUGGUCUGUCGCGGCUGCAAUGCCGACUUGCGUCACGAUACUCGCAACGCUUAUUGGAGUAAGACUAAACGGGGCAUCUACUGUCCCGCCUGUGCAGCAGCCCAGUCGGAUGCGGAGAACGGCUUCGAGCAAAUCACAAAACUACGUCAAUACGUACACUUGCUCAACGUAGCUCAUGCUCGUCUCAUGGCGACCCUGCGAUCCAGUGGCGCGCUACCUCACACCUCAGAUGAUCCUAACCUGGCCGGCUAUGAUUCUUCGCAAGGUCAUCGCCUCGGGGACGAACCACUGCAUCUGCGAGGAGAUACGCGCUCAAAAUCAUAUGGCGGCACCUCGACGACUGAUAGUCAGCAGAGUGCAAAUGCUGCGUAUGAGCAGUCCAUGUCCGACAUUAAGCGUUUGCGAUCGACGCGGCUCGACAAACACCUCUCGAAUACAAUGAAGCGCGCACGCGCAUCGCGGAUUAUCGACGGUCCCGAGGGUCUUGAUUCAGCUGGUGGGGAAGGGCAGCUCCGAGGUGGCAUGCAAAUCGUCCAGGAGGGCGACGGGUCCAACCAGGCCGACGCCGUGACCCUCGCCGUCAAUUCGCUUGCGUUGGAUGACAUCGCCCGUAUGGCCGCCCUGGAGCAACAGCGAGAGCAGCGUCCAAACGCAUUCCGUGCAGGUGGAAGCGCGCUUCUUGGCCGCGAUGAUCAACCCCGACUCCAAAACGGCCAUCGUCGGGAUUUCUCUGGAGCUCAGGAUUUACAAAUCAUGUCAGAAGGUCGCUCCCGGACAUUCUUCUCCGAGCUAUCGCCACUUGAGUACUUCAAACUCAAGGGUCUAGCCGUCCUCCAGCUUGGACUUUUACUUGACGAUAGCCAGUACAACCAAGGCGAGCUUUUAGACCUCAUAGAGUCAAAGAAGAACAACUUUUGGGGCAAGAUUGGGUUUGGCAAGGCUUUCAAAGCUGACAAAACCAAGCCAAAGAAAGGCGUGCCGUCAGGAGUCGAGAAGCCCGUUUCAGACAAAGCAACUUUCCGACAAUCGCUCGAAUACCUAGUAGAGAAGUACGGUGACGAGUGUACAGAGGGUGUAGGACCGGGUGCUCUCAAAGUACCUGCUCUUCUCCAGGAGUGCAUUACAGCCAUGAGAAACAUGGACAUGUCUAUUGAGGGUGUCUUCAGGAAGAAUGGCAACCUCAAAGCGCUCCGUGAACUUGAGGAAGAGAUCGACGCAAAUGGGGUUCAGAAGGUUGACCUAAACACGAAGAACCCGGUUAUCCUUGCCAACCUUCUCAAACGUUUUCUCCGGCUGAUGCCUGAGCCUGUCUUGACGUUGAAACUCUACAGACUGUUCAUGGUCGCAAAUGGUGAGUACCUCGAUGACUAUGACAGACGCCUGCUAACAAAAGUAGACAUUGAAGAUGAGGCGCAAAGAAAGAAGGUUUUGCACUUGGUGCUGUGUCUGCUGCCCAAAGCUCAUCGCGAUACAAUGGAGGUCUUGUUCUGCUUCCUCAACUGGGUCUCUUCGUUCCAUACUGUGGACGAGGAGACUGGCAACAAGAUGGACACCUGGAACAUCGCCACCGUCAUGGCCCCAAACAUUUUGAGAGAGAGCAACGACAAAGAAGUCAAGAGUGUGGAUCAAGGCGCUGUCAAAGUGGUGUUUGAUCUCAUAGAGAACAACGAUGAGUUCUCAGAGGUGCCCCCAGAGAUCAUGGAACUGCUGAGCGAUGAGGUAUCGGAUAUGAGCGCAAAAGAAAUCAUGCGACAAUGGGAGCAGCGGGGUAAAAACCCUCUGUCUGCCCCUCCUGCUGGACCCAGGGAGCAAGCAGGUACUGCAUCUAGGAAAGAUCAGCGCAAUGCGCCUCAAAUAACAACAGCCGACAACAAUCCUUCGGCACAAGCGGGCGAGACGCAUGCUCGUCAAGCAGGCGGACUUCCUUCGGGGCCUGCUAACAAUCAACAGAGUCCCGGACAAGGAUACGACCGGGGCACGCCCAACGCUGCAUAUGGCCCGAAUCCACAAGCUUCGGCAGAGAGCCAUCGGACUGCGUCGCCUCAUCGGCACAGCUACCGCUCACCGGGCUUCCAAAAACAUACACAAAUUGGCACCGCAGGUGCCGGAUGA